ACAUUUUUCACAAACUCAAUUGCCUUACAAAAGCCCUAAUUCCCUUAAUUCCACAUAUCAAGAUCAAUCCCAUCCAAAUGGCCCUCGAAUUCCAAGACAAAGUCGUCCUCAUAACCGGCGCUGGCAGCGGAAUUGGCCGCGCAACAACAAUCAAAAUGGCCUCGCUGGGUGCCUCCCUCGCCCUCUGCGACAUAAACUACGACAGCCUCUCAAACGUCUCGAAAUCCUGUCCUUCAGUGCCCAAACACCUCGACGACGUCGACGUCUCCUCCUCGCAAGAAGUCUCUAAAUUCGUAUCCUCGACUAUUGACAAAUUCGGCAAAAUCGACCAUGUGUUCAAUUGCGCCGGCGUCAAUCCUACAUCUUAUCCGCUGGAGGAUACGACAGAGGAGUACUGGGAUAAACUCGUUAAUACGAAUUUAAAGGGCGUGUAUAAUGUCACGAAAGCGUGUAUUCCAUAUUUGAAAGAUGGUGCAAGUUUUGUGAAUGUGUCGUCUAUCUCUGGAAUCCGUGGGUCGGCGCAACAGGCGAUUUAUUGUGCCACCAAAUUCGCGGUAAUUGGUUUUUCGAAAUGUAUGGCGCUGGAGUUGGGGCCUAAGGGGAUUAGGACGAAUAUUGUGGCACCGGGGUAUAUUGAUACGCCGACAAAUGCGGGAAUUGUCAAGGGUGGGGAGGCGGUGGAGAGGAUGAAGAAUGGGAAUGCAUUGGGGCGGUUGGGAACUCCGGAAGAGGUAGCGGAUGUGGUGGCUUUUUUGUUCGGGGAAGCAAGUAGGUAUAUGAAUGGCGCUGUUGUGGAGAUUGAUGGGGGUAUAAAGAUGAGUAGUACGACGAGUAAGUAGGCGCAAAGUCAAGAGAUGGAAAGGAAGGGUUCUUUGUGAG